GGGGGUGGAAGGACGACGGGAGCCGACAGACAGAUAUAGCUUGGAGGUGGAGACGGUGGGAGGAGAGCGAAAGGGAGAGGAAAAUAAAAAGGGGCCAGAGGAGGAGGAAGGGGUGGGAACCCAUGGCAGGGCAAGGAAAGUGAGAGUGUGUGUGGCUUUCUAUUUUCUCCAGAGGGAGUUCAGAUCUUCUCCUUCCCUUCCUCCCGUCCCGAGGCAUUUCCAAGCAGCUCCUUCCUUUUCGCUAUUGCUGAGCGUCCCCCGCUGGGCACCACCAUGGUAGACAGAGGUCCCCUGCUGACGUCCGCUAUCAUCUUCUACCUGUCCAUCGGGGCAGCUAUUUUUGAAGUCCUGGAGGAGCCUUACUGGAGAGCAGCCUCGGAUGAGUACAAAUCCAAGAAAACGCAGCUCCUGAAAGAGUUUCCCUGCCUGGGCCAGGAGGGGCUGGAUAGGAUCUUAAAGGUCGUAUCAGAAGCUGAUGGGCAAGGGAUCUCAAUUGAUGGCAAUGACACUUUCAACUACUGGAACUGGCCAAAUGCUGUCAUCUUUGCUGCUACUGUGAUUACAACCAUUGGAUAUGGAAAUGUUGCUCCUAAGACUCCGUCUGGGCGGCUUUUCUGUAUAUUCUAUGGACUCUUUGGUGUUCCUCUCUGCUUAACAUGGAUCAGUGCUUUAGGCAAGUUUUUUGGUGGACGUGCCAAGAGGCUAGGUCAAUUCCUGACAAAGAGAGGAGUAAGCUUGAGAAAAGCACAAAUUACAUGCACAGCCAUUUUCAUCAUCUGGGGAGUCCUAGUCCAUCUGGUUCUUCCACCCUUUGUUUUUAUGGCGACUGAAGGCUGGAGUUAUAUUGAUGGGCUAUACUUCUCAUUCAUCACUAUUACCACCAUAGGAUUUGGAGACUUUGUUGCUGGUGUGAAUCCAAGUGUCAAUUACCAUUCCCUGUACAGAUACUUUGUGGAGCUCUGGAUAUACCUGGGGUUAGCUUGGCUUUCUCUCUUUGUUAACUGGAAAGUCAGUAUGUUUGUAGAGGUUCACAAAGCAAUAAAGAAGCGAAGGAAAAAAAGGAAGGAGUCUUUUGAAAAUCACCCUCCUACCAAAAAAGCUCUUCAAAUGUCUAACACAAAAGAUGUGAACAUUUUCAGCUUCCUUUCUAAGAAGGAGGAGACCUACAAUGAUCUCAUCAAGCAGAUUGGGAAGAAGGCUCUGAAAACAAACAAUGACAGACACCUAAAAGCAGAGCAAGCUAUACCAGCCUUGCAGCAUGGCAGCACGGAUAUGAAGGUGAUGUACACAAAGAACAAGUUAUUUGACUAUGAUGAAGUUUCUCUGAAUCUCCAAAACUGUCAUGUCAUGAGGCAUCUGGCUGACAAGCAUGUUGGGAAUAGCCCAGUUGAGGGAUCUGUAUUUGUAAAUCAACUAGACCGAAUCAGUGAGGAAGAAGGAGAAGCAUGGGAUUCCAGGGAUUAUCGACCCUUGAUCUUUGAAAAUGCCAAUAUAACAUUUGUAAAUGAGGAUGAUGAUGAAGAUGAGGAUCUUUCAGAUGAUGAGGAAACAUCAAAGUCUUCUAUGGAUGACAAUCUUGCAGAGGAUCCUGAGAGUCCUAAAAACCUGGUGAAAUUUCCAUCCUCUGAUGAGUCUACCUUUACUAGUAAUGAACUAGAGGUAUCUGUACCUUAUGAGCAGCUAAUGAAUGAGUACAACACAGUGAAUAAUUCAAAUGCUGCAACGUGAAGAAGUGAAUGUCUAGGCACUGGUUUUCUGAAAAUCAUUUUAUGCAGAUUAUGAACAGAUAAGCAUGGGAGCAGGAAUGUAUAUCAUGUUCUGGCAUUUUCUACUGCCAUAACCUUCCUUAUGCAAACUGAAAACAUCCAAUGACUGAAUGUUAUCUGCAAUUAUUUAUCAGCUUUGGUUACCCACUGUGAAUUGACAGUUUAAUGUGUGGGUUCCUCUUCCUUCUUAAGAGGUUUUGAGAAGUCAGGAAGAAAAACCUAAAGUUAUCACUUGGGAUUUAUUCAGUAUUUGUUUCCUUCUUGGUGAAGAAUGAAGCUCUAAUACUGCAAUCAGACUAAUUUGGGUCACUGGUUACUGCCUUAAUCCUUCAGCUCUGAAAAAAUACUGAACAGAGGUGAUGCCCAGGCACAAAAUGUUAGUGGUAUUGCCCUUGCUGCACAUUCCAAAUUCCCUAUCAUACAAUGAUAUUUCCAUUCUCUCUUAGAAGGGAUGCUGUGAACUGGAAGAGUAAAGUAUCCUGAAAGUUAAGUUCUGCCAGCUCAGUUUACUAGUUUGCUUGAAAGUUGUUUUAAAAAAAAAAAACUGGCGUAAAAUUCAAAGCUGAUUUAUCGAGGGAGUAUACCUUCUACUAAAGACACUACCUGUCGGUAAACUCUCAUCAUGAUCAUGGAAAGCACACUGAAAUGAACAUCAGAGUAGUAAUAAAGAACAGUGUGAGAAGAUGUGUGGAGGACAAAUUUAAAAAUGAAGAAAUGCACAAUGACAAACUUGGUUUUGCAUUGGAAGUGCCCUUUCACGGUCCAUACUCUAGAGGAAAUACUUGAAUAAACUUUAUAUGCUAGUGUCUCUAUGUGAAGUUUAGUGAUGCUGCAUUUUUUAAUGUUUUUUUAAUAGCAAAACACAGCCCGAAUUGCUUAAUUUCCACCUCAAGGGUCUAAGAGCUGCUUUAAUGUCCUUUGUACAUGUUCUGUUCAAUGGCUGUACUCCUAAAAUUCUUUAUUUCUCCUGCCCUCUCAACUCUAAUUGGUAGUUUAAAUCAGAUUAGAUAGUAAUUUUAAAUGAUUGCAUAUUUUCCCGUAAGUUUUUACAAUGAUGUUCCACCCUAGGCAUUGUCAAGGAAGUAAUUAACUCUGUGGCUAGUGUUCCUUUUGAGAAGCUGAGAACUGAAAUGGAAGAACUCAUGGGUGGAAAGCCCUGGAGUGACAAAUUUAAAACACUAUUAUUUGGGCAAAAAAUGGCCAAAUGGAAUUUUGCAAUAUGCUCUUGUACAAUUAAGUAUACUCAGAACUAUAUUGACUCCUGCUUGGCUUCAGAAUUGUUGGCGUGGAGGUGCUCUUUUUAAGAUGCCUCCAAAAAAUCAUACACUCCUUUACAAAAAAAAUCUCCUCAAAAGGACACCUUGAAGACAUUUGCUGCCAUAAAAAAGAUUUCUCUUCAUUUUUGUUCAAAAAUUUUGUACUGUACAUGCAAGGAAAUUAGCAAAAAAAUGAGCCAUUUGGUUCUAUGAUAUGCUUUCUUAGUGAGAAAUUAUUAUCUUGGGCUUGUGUUAUCUUGGGCAUGGGCUGAAAUGCAACCCAAAUUGUGGUGGCCAACUGGGAGGCUACUGUUACACUUGGAGCCCCAGUGGCUGCCCCCCCCCCACACUAAACUUUCAUCAUCAAAUAACUUCUAAGGUGGCAUUCUGUCUAUAGCUUUAGCAUUUUUCUGAUUCUAUGGCAGAUAAUACACUGUGAGUUCUAAGCUGUACCGUCUUUUGUUUUGAAAGUGCCCAUCCUCUUAGUAGAGAUAAAUUCUACAAAGCUGGUGUUCUGGUGUGUCUUCCAUGACUGGAAGGCUUAAAAGGUUUCUCUCUGCUGCACUAAAAGAGAAGGGGCUUAUUGGUGCACAAAAGACAGUUAUAGGAACAACUGCUAAUUGGCAUUUGUCUCAAAAUGUGGCUUCUCUUAUGUGUAGUUAUUUUAGUACUUGCAAAGCUGUGCUACAUAAACAGGCGGAGUUGAACUGUCAGAAGCCUGAAGCUGUGGCUUCCUCUAUAUUAAGCCUUGCCUCUGUAUCUAGAGAAUAGCUCACAUGACCUGUUUUGUUGAAAUACAGGUUCGAUGUUGCUCUGUAGACCUGAUAUGCAGGGUAUUUUUUAAAAGUGCCCUGAAUUUCUAAGAAGCUAGCCAUCUUUCAAGGAAACAAGAUCAGAUUUUCCUUGCGUAAGGCAGAUUCAACAGAUAGAAACAUGACCAGUAAAAUUUGCUGUAUUCAGUACAGUGCUCCAUUAAAGUCAAUAGGGACUUAUUCCCAUUCAAAAGUCUAAAACAUUGAUACACUCUUAUAUCUCUCUCAUAUCCAACAAUUCCACCAUGUGCCUUGUUCUGGAUGAAAUUUAGCUGUUUGUGUCUUAAGAGUGGCAACACAAAACAUAUAGAUAUUAUUUAUUGAGACUUGGCUUUUAUUAGCUGCACAAGCCUUACAUUUACCCUUUACUUUUGGAGUGAGUUUUAUCUGUAUAAUUAAAUGAUUAGAGAAUUCCUGAAGCUUGUUGAAAACUGAGCUGCCUUCACAAUCUACUUGGGUAUAAGUACUGUCUUCCAUGUGUCGAAGAAGAGCUGCAGUUUUCUUAGUCUGAAUCAACUCUUUUUCUCUACUUUGCAUAUGAUGAAGUAAACAUUGCUGGGAAAACCCCAACAUUUGAAGUGCCUAGAUGUCCUGGCUACAUUUCAGGAAGGAUUUGUAUAAUGUGAAACCAUUCAAGCAAACUGAAGGUUUAGGUUUGACCAUUCUGUGUCUCCCCUCCCCAUCCCCAGUUUAUAGUUUUAACUGUGGAUAACUAUCUCUGCUUUGUGUUGAUGUUAAAUUGUUUAGCCAUUUGUAGGUGGGUUUUUUUUUAAAAGACAGCUGCUAAUUUUGAAAAGCAACAGGCCCACCAUUAUGCCCUCAAGUGUUUUGGGGGUGAGGGUUGAGGGAGAGGACUUUGGUACACCAAGCUGUGGUCCACUGUAUCUGAGCUGCUCUUUCAUUCUGGGUUCUUGUAUCACUGCUAUUGUCUUCAGAACAGCAUGAUAUACUCACAGAAUCUCCUCAGCUCUGUACUAUGAGGAGGGGGUUAAUUGCAGGAAUUGGACUGAAAGACAAGUGAUUCUUGUUAUGUGAUAGCUUAUAAUAAUGUCACAUGGUGAGAGUUGGCUACAUAUGGGGUGCCAUUCCUGGGGCUAAUUUCCAUAGCAUCUGCAUUCAGUAAUUGUAUUCAAUUACAUUCAGUAAUUCAGCAAGGCAAAAGUUUGCUGUUGGGGGGAGGGGUGUACCACUCAGUCACAUCAUUACUGCAUGAUUACUGAAUGUGUCUAGUACAGAAUUGGCAUGCAAAAAAAGUUGACCUUACAUGCACAGCAGAAUAAUUGUUAAUUUUCUUUUAAACUGGCCCCCUCAAAUGAAUCCUUGAAACAUUGCUUACCCAGCUGGUCACAUGAUCGAUUCAAUAUAGUAGUACAAAACUGUUAAAGCAAUACUUUAGAAAGAACCCUCUUAUUUUGAAGGCAUGAUUGACUAUAUUUUUUGCAACAAACAUCUCAAACAUGAAGCAGUAAUAAGUGUUUAUUGAUUUCUGUCACCCUGAAUGUGGCUUAUUUCAUCCUUUAGUUUAUUCGAAUGAGCAAAUAAAAAUAUGCCAGUGUCUUCUCUGAACAUGGAAGCAAAAAGCAAUGGCUGGUAAGACUUUGGGCCCUAAGAGUAUCCCUGCAGCUUGACUCCAUAUUUUUCAUGCCUUCUUCACUGCACUGAACUUUUAAAAUGAGGGUCUCCAUCUUUCACAUUGUUCUUGAAUUUUGUAUAGCCCUGAUCUCAUCUGUGUCACUCCAUCACUUGAGCAGAUACAACUGUGUCUUCGUCUGUUCUUUUAUUUGCUGAUUUUGUCACUGGAAUCACACUGUAUGUAAAUAUUAGACCAUGCAAAAUGUAAUUUAUUUUAACUUUUUUCCCAAUAAACUUUUUUAAAUAAAA